UUGACAACAAGGAAAACUUUAUUGGUAGCGGGCCCGGGGCCGGCUGGACGAUGUCGGUGAACUACGCGGCCGGGCUCUCCCCCUACUCGGACAAGGGCAAGUGCGGCCUCCCCGAGAUCUUUGACCCGCCAGAGGAGCUGGAGAGGAAAGUGUGUGUGUUAGCAGACCUGAUAAGGGCUUCUUCCAAUAUAGUGUUUCACACAGGAGCCGGGAUCAGUACGGCUUCUGGAAUCCCUGACUUCAGGGGGCCCAAUGGCGUAUGGACUAUGGAGGAGCGGGGAUUGUCCCCCAAGUUUGACACUACCUUUGAGAACGCGAGGCCUUCCAAGACCCACAUGGCGCUGCUGGAGCUGCAGAGAGUUGGCAUCUUGAAGUUCCUGGUCAGCCAAAACGUGGAUGGCCUGCAUGUGCGUUCUGGAUUCCCACGGGACAAGCUGGCUGAGCUGCACGGGAACAUGUUUGUGGAGGAAUGUAUGAAGUGCGGCAAGUAUGUCAUCCCUGACGGUCAAGACACACUCGUUUGUAAAAAGGCAGCGCAGUAUGUGCGGGACGCCGUCGUGGGCAGCAUGGGCCUCAAGCCGACAGGCAGGCUGUGCGACGUCUCCAAAGCAAGAGGGCUUCGUGCCUGCCGAGGAAAGUUAAUAGACACCAUUUUAGACUGGGAAGAUUCUCUGCCUGAUCGAGACCUCAAUCUAGCAGACGACGCCUGCAGGAAAGCUGACCUGUCAGUCACUCUGGGGACCUCUCUUCAGAUCAAACCCAGUGGCAAUCUCCCCCUGCUCACUAAAAGGAAAGGAGGGAAGCUGGUCAUAGUAAAUCUGCAAGCAACAAAGCACGACCGGCAAGCCGACCUGCGCAUCCACGGCUACGUGGAUGAAGUCAUGACAAAGCUGAUGAAGCAGCUUGGUCUGGAGAUCCCUGAGUGGACGGGGCCGGCGGUGGUGGAGAGUUCCGAGCUUGUGAAGCCCGAACCAGCCCUAAAACUCGACCCAGAUGCUCAGCGCCCAGCCAAGGAAGAGCCCUGCUCCCACCACAAUGGCAUGGCAGAGGGGGCUGAUGGGAUAUGCACGGGGCUCGGCACUGCACGCGAGGAGCACUGUGACGGUCUGAAACAGGAAUGUCCUGGCUCAGGCCACAGUCCCGUAGCAGCCAAGAGAGUAAGAGUGGAGUCGCUGCUCACCUGACUUACACGUCUUUGCUGUUGGUCGUUCGUCUUAGCAGCUAGCCGGGGCCACUUUACCACUGUCCUUUUUAUACCUUGAAAUAUCAUCCCCCCCUUUUUGUAAGUAUUAAAUAUACUUCAAUGAUGA